CGGCCAGGAGCGCGGUAAUCCUCGUGCGCAUGCAGGGGCCCAUGUCUGCACACCAGGUGGGGGACACCGGGAGGCUGAUCCCUGUCCCGAGCCUGAGCGAGGCUGACCGAUACCAGCCUCUGAGCCUGGUCACGAGAAAGAGGAAGAGGCGUUUCUGGAAGAAAAACAAAUAUGCCUCCACUGCGUUCUCCCUCAAAGACAUCCUGAUCGGGGAGAAAGAGAUCACAGCCGGCGUGUCCUCUUAUCAGCUGCUCAACUAUGAGGACAAAUCGGACGUGGCCCUCAACGGUCGCCUCGGAAACCACCUCAUCAACGAUGUGGGCUUCAACGUCAGCGGCUCUGACUCGGUGGCCGUCAAGGCCUCUUUUGGCAUCGUCACCAAACACGAGCUGGAAGUGCCCACGCUGCUGCGGGAGCUCAGCGCCAGGAAAGUGGACCUGGACCACUGCCUGGUCCGCCAGUCCAGGGAAAGUGGGCGGAGUGUCCUGUGUGUUGUCAUGGAGAGCAUUCGCACCACCCGCCAGUGCUCCCUGACGGUCCAUGCUGGCAUGAGGGGGACGACCAUGAGGUUUCAGAUUGACGACGGCAGAAACCCAAAAGGCCAAGACAAGGCCAUCGUCAUCCCCGCCCACACAACCAUUGCCUUCAGCAUCUGUGAGCUGUUUGUUCGACUGGACGGGCGGCUGGAUAUUUGUGUAGCACCGGGGUCUCGGGGUGGAUUUGAACGGGAACAGACUGCGUCGCUUCCUGUCAGGCAUCAUCUACGGGAACCCCUUCAGAGCAGGUGCAACGACAGAACAUUCGAGGCGCUCACGCACUCUGACACCUACAUGGACGACGUGGCGACCGACUACUAUGAGAAAGCUGCCAGCUUGACAGACAUCUCCACCGCCUACCUGAGGGAAAGCUCCCACACACGGGUCAACCUCCUCAAACACAACAUCCCCAAGGGGCCAUGUGCGCUGUGCGGCAUGGGCAACCAGAAACGAGAAACCGUAUACGGCUGCGUGGAAUGCUCGUUUGGUGGUCAAAAAUAUGUGCGACUGCAUGUGGUGCCCUGCUUUGACCUGUGGCACAAAACACUCAAGUGA